AUGUCUUCUGAAUCCCAAGCCCCAGCCGACACGUGGUCCAGUCUGAUCACGGACUUGAAAGAAGCUCUACUGGGCGAGAACACACCGACACCUUGUUCCAGCGAAGAAGAGUUCAGGGACAAUUUCGAGUCUCUCUGCAACGAUCACAAUGAACCAAACGCUCAGCGACUUCUUAACCUUUUCUCUCGACAACAUGGUGCCAUCACAAGGUUCACCAACGCAAUAGACGACGCUCAAAAUCUCCAGCCACCAGACACACUCAGUGAUUUGUUCUGGCAACUUGCUUUUGCAACCAUUCAGGCCGCGCUUGACGCAGACGUGUCUCUUAAAGACAUCUUCGAACAGCUGAACCCUCUCAACUCAGCCCUCAAACCCUUCGGAGCGCAGCUAGCGCAGUUUCCUACCCGACAACGGGUGCAAGAACCUCUUCAGGCAGUAUUCAGAGAAUAUAUAGAGUGCUACAGCAUCAUGCUAAGUCAAUUUGCGUCCCAUCCUCCCGGGCUUAUUUUUGAAACCUUUCAAUCUCGGGUCGAGACUGCGUCAGAGCUCUUUCAAAAUUCGCUAGAAGACUGGAAAGAAGUAGUGAAACAGAUUGGAGAAGAAGAAGGAACAGGAUCUCUGCCUCGAUUGCCACAUCAGGGCCAGGACCAUCUACAUCCUGGUGUGACCACAAGCACGAGGUUCCAGUGGCUUGAACCGCUGGGCACUGGCACUUAUGGCCAAGUCUCCAAAGUCCGCGAGGUCACUACAGGCAGCAUCUAUGCUCAGAAAACCAUCCGGGUCCAAAACAACCAUCGCGCAAGGACCAUUAUUGAAAAUCAAGUCAGGAACGAAGUAGCCAUCAUGCACAAGCUGCGUCACCAUCACAUUGCCCCUGUGCUUUUCUAUGUCAAGGACGAAACUACCUUUUCCAUCAUCAUGCUCCCAGUUGGCGACUACGACCUGCGACAUUUCUUGGAGGUCAAAUGUGAGGGCUUUCCGCGGACUGAGACAAGGCACCUCGAUCAAUGGUUCGGUUGCCUGGCCUCGGCACUGGCGUUUGCACAUCAGGAACGAGUCAAACAUGAGGACAUCAAACCUUCGAACAUACUGAUCCGGGACCAUCAGCCCUACCUGGCCGAUUUUGGCAGUGCGAUAGAUUUCUCCUACAUGGAACGCAGCACCUCGUCUGAUGAGCACAUUGUGGGCACCCCAGUGUACUGGCCACCGGAGCCAGUACCGCAGCGAGGACGCGCGGCCGAUGUUUUUGCUCUGGGAUGUGUCUUCAGCGAAAUGCUCACCGUCAGGCAGCACAGGUCGUUGCAAGAGUACCGUGAUGCACGCUAUGUCCCUCACCACGACAAUGGAUAUGCCUUUCGGACGAACUUAGAGACAAUUUACACCUGGCUUGACGCACUCCCGGACCACGGACCUGCAGAAGUUAGGUUCCUUUUGCUGGAGCAGACGAAGGGCAUGCUGGCCGCAGACCGCAUGCAGAGACUGGAAGCACGAGACGUCAAGAGAAAUUUUCGACGCGAGGGAGAUGCAUUGUUUUGCCUGAGCUGUGCAUGA